CAGCUUUGGGAAAAUCGUCGGAUCCUUACUCUUUUGCAGCGUCGCAUUUUUGUCUUGUACAGUUCAUCUCCUUCCCAUGAGAUCUAUUUUGCGUCAACAAGAUCAACCCCGACUGUUACACCGCCUUCCCAGCCAGCGGCAGUCGAUGCAGGCAUCAUCAUAUUUUCCCCUGGACAACGUGCUCGACGUAUCCUAUCUCGACUCUUCGCUGCCAAAUUCGCGGGAAUGCGACUUUUACACGAAUCCCACUAUUCUCAGUCGUCUGAUUUUGCACCAAAAGUACGAAGCCGCAAUGCGCCGUUCCUCUACGCACAGCGAAGAAGCAAGGACUUGGGUGGUCGUGCGGCGCCAGACUAGUCCGGCUUCUUCCGUGAGCAACCAAGCCGCGACCCCAUCAUCCCCCGCCAAAACGACAUCGCAGCGUUCGAACGUGACUUCCCUGAGCUCGUUGAGUGAAGAUGACGUCAACAACACAACGCUUUCUUCGAACAGAAAUGGUGACGUGAAUUAUCCGGCUUUGAAAGCUCAGCUCGAAAAGCUCAUUGCCACGCUGGUGGUGGCCUUUCCCGAAGCUUGUUCCCAACGCGAUCACCAACACCGGAUGCCUUUGCACGAAGCGAUCUGGUACCGAGCCGGUCCCGAGACAAUUUCGGCCUUGUUGAUUGCCUAUCCCGACGCAGUUUCCAUGCGGGACAAGUACGGCCGCUAUCCCAUGGCGCUCAAUGAGUGCCGAGACAGCCCGUAUCGUACACAGAUUCGGCAUAUGUUACUACAAGGUCGAGACUUUUGGAAUACGGCCCGCACGGAGGCCAAGCUGCGACUCAAACAUCGCACCGUGCCUGCCGAUUUGCAGAGCGUUGCUUCCCAGAGCGUUUUGGCAGCCAGCGUAACCAGUACCGACGACAAUUCAAUGUACACACGUGGUGAUAGUGUACGGCAAGGCCGGGCGGGCCCGGGAUAUCAGCAACUAUCGCCAACGAUAACUGGUUGUGGGGAAUACAAACGUACCAUUACUUCUUGGUCACAGUUGGAGCACCGCACGAAUACACUGGAAGAGAAAUUGGCCGAGUCGAUGCAAGAAAACUACGAAACUGGAAAAGAAGCAACCAAGUUGCGGGUUUCCAAAGCGAAAUUACAAGCAAAGUAUGACGUACUGAUGGGGACGGGCCUCGGAAAACAGAUAGAACUUUUGCAAAAUGAAAAGAUCGCACUGGAAGUUCAAGUUCGCGACCUCCAACAGCUCGCUCCACUUGCGGAAGUGCGAUCUUUUCCUCUCAACCAAGACCACCCUAUGGAUAAACUUGUCCCACAAAAUAUCGUCCUUCACUGUCAGCCCGAAGUGACGGUAGACGUGGAAUUGCAAGUCUUGAGGGAAGAAAAUGUCCGGCUCAAAGCCGGUAUGGGGCUGCUGUCGCAGAAGCAUAAAGAUUACCAACGCCGCUUAGACUUUGCAGAAUCUUUGUUGGACGACAUGGAAGAUCCCGAAGACUUCCCAUUCUUUGACGACAACGCAACCGAUUACAGCACGAUCUUUACAAUUUCUACAGGAACGCCGAAAGAGAAAAGGAUACACACGCCGCGCCGUCCGGAACCGGAGAAGCGGGUCCUGUCGCCCGCACUCCAACAAGUACGUCCCAAGUCGGCAAUGAAAAAUUUCAUGCCGGUGGAGGAUGUCAGUCAGAACAAGCCCGGUUUCAUGGACCCACUUGAUCCAUCGCUGCUGGAAAUGUCGCGAGAAGACGACCUGGAGUCUAUCCUCAAAGGAGCACAAGAAUAUUUUGAUAAGUCGUCGGGCCUCACUCGUCGCCUUGCCGAUAGCAUGUCAUUGCCUACAUCACGCAUGACGUCCCAGAUCACAUUACCAAGCAUUCUUGAAAAGCCCGAUGGGCAAAGCUCCCGUGACAGCCGGUCUGGAAGCUUCAAUAGUGGCCAGUUUAGCACGGAGGAAAAGGAGAGUGCGCUCGACGACGAGAUCAUCGAAUCUAGUCUGCAUACUGCAAUAGCCGGCAGCGACAACUUGACAGUGCUUCUGCAAGAAACAGCCCGGCUCUACAGCGCUCUACCCCGUGAUGCUUCCAUCCCUCCUUCGCUAUCUCCAAAUGUAUCGGAUGUCACGUUGCAGCUGGCACGUAUGGAACUGGAGCAUGGCUCGGUAAACUUCGAAGACCUUUUGGCAGAGGCCGCUCAAAUCUACAGCGGAAGCAGCAAUGUGUCCCACUUCUAA